AUGCCUUUUUAUGCUGUGGCAAGAGGAAGAACACCCGGUAUUUUUAUGAACUGGCCUGAUUGCGAAGCUCAAGUAAAAGGCUUUCCUGGUGCUCGAUAUAAAAAAUUCAAUACCGCCGUGGAAGCUGAAACAUUCAUUACAUCAGAAGGUGAUAUUAAUGUUUCACAAAAAAACAAAACAGUAAAAACGAACCGAAAGACAAAACCUGAUCAUACCGCUCAAGAAGAAUACCCAAAAACCGCUGAACCCGCUAAAUCUGAUAUCAAAACUGCUAAGAAACGAACAUCGAAACUUUCUAAAAGCGAUAGCGACAGUAAUGAAGAUUUUGAUGAUUUAAACACAAUACUGACUAAACAAAUGGACGAUAUUGAAAAAAGACUUAAAGGUUUUCAAAAAGGUGUAGACAAUAUUAUAAAGAAAAAUUCAAAAACCACUGGAAAAAUUAUCUUAAUUGAUCCACCUCAAGCAAAAAAACGAAAAAGUGGUAAAUUUUCAUUUAUAGAAGGCGAUGAUGGAUAUAUUCAGGUAUAUACUGAUGGGGCCUGCUCAUCAAAUGGUAAAAAUGGAGCGAGAGCUGGCAUAGGUGUUUAUUGGGCUGAUGAUCACCCUUUGAAUGUUAGUGAACCAGUCACGGGUCGUGCAACCAAUAAUUGUGGGGAAAUACAAGCUGCCACUUGUGCUAUAAAACUUGCCCUACAAAAUGAUAUUAAAAAACUGGCUAUAAAUACCGAUUCUCAAUUCCUUAUCAACUCUGUAACUAAAUGGAUGCCAGGAUGGAAGCGGAAAAGUUGGAAGUUAAAAUCAGGGGAACCUGUGAAGAAUGAAAAAGAUUUCAAAGAAUUAGAUGAAGUUCAAAAUCAAUUGGAAAUAAAAUGGAAUUAUGUGGAGGCACAUCAGGGUGUACAUGGUAAUGAAAUGGCAGAUCAACUGGCAAAAGCAGGUGCUGCUAGGUAUACAAAAUGA